GCUGCUUAAUUCAUAGUUGUUCUUGUUCGGUUCGCUCCCUUCAUUCUUCUUUUGACAAGCAAACCUUCUCUGAUUAAACCCUAGAUUUUCACCCAUGGAGUGGAUUCGCGGUAAAGAAAUCGGCCGUGGAAGUUUCGCAACCAUCUACGCAGCAAAACCCACCAGCCCAUCUUCUCACCUUCCGCCGCUGGUGGCCGUCAAGUCGUCUGUAUCCGGAUACUCUGAUUCGCUCAAGAACGAGAAGAAAGUCCUCGACCAAAUCGGCUCCUGCCCACAAAUCAUCCGAUGCUUCGGCGACGAUCACACAGUCGAGAACGGCGAGAAGUUCUUCAACUUGGUUCUGGAGUACGCCAGAGGCGGGACUCUGGCGGACGAGCUAAAAAGAAACGGCGGACGCUUGCCGGAAUUUGAUGUUCGACGCCACGCAAAGUCGGUGCUCAGAGGACUUGAAUUCAUCCACGCAAAAGGGUUCGUCCACUGUGACUUGAAGCUUCAGAACGUCCUGGUUUUCGGCAACGGCGCGGCGAAAAUCGCCGACUUCGGGCUGGCCAAGAAAGCAGGGGAAUCGGAAAACAAAGUCGAAGUCAGGGGAACGCCGCUAUACAUGGCGCCGGAAUCCGUUAACGACAACGAAUACGAGUCCUCCUCCGACAUCUGGGCUUUCGGGUGUUUGGUGGCCGAGAUGGCGAGCGGGAAACCGGCGUGGGAUCACAACCCCGCCAUGAACAUGUUCAAGAUUCUGAUGAGGAUUGGCGGCGACGAGUUGCCGCAAAUUCCGGAGGAAUUGAGUGAAGAAGGCAAAGAUUUUGUUUCCAAGUGUUUCGUAAAGGACACCAGACAGAGAUGGACGGCUGAGAUGCUUCUAAAGCACCCAUUUGUUUCCGGCGACGAUCACACUGUUCUAUUGGAGGAGAAGGCGGAGCUUUCAGGCUCUCCAAGAGGGCCAUUCGAUUUUCCGGAUUGGGUUUCAAUUGCGAGUUCAGAAAUUUCUCCACAAUUUGGGGAUUUCUCCGGAAAGAAUCUGGAUUCCGAGUUCGAUUGGUCGUCGAGAAAGAGUUUCGUCCCGGCGGCGGAUCGGUUGCGGCAGCUGGCAGCAGAGGAGACACCGAAUUGGUCGUUCUCUGUAGAUUGGGUGACAACCAUGUAAUUCAAGACUUGAGUAAAUUUUCUGCGACAGAGUAGGCGACGGAGGUAAAAAAACAGAGGAGGAGGAGGAGUUAAAGAUUCUGAGUUACCGACUAUUCGUUGAUUCAUUUUACCGCCUGUAAAUUUAGACUAGGACAGAAACAGAUGAUUUUAAGUCUGGUCCUGAUUGGCGCCACCAGUGGGUGGCUAAAAGUGUACAGAAAUUUUUUUAUUGACAUGAAAUACAUUAUAUUUGAGACUA